AUGGAGUGCAGUGGCAAGGUGACGCCCCAGCUGAUGAUCACAGUAGGGACAGCUGUGAUUGGCUCGCUUCAGUUUGGCUACAAUACUGGCGUCAUCAAUGCUCCUCAAAAUAUCAUUGAGAGCUUCUACAAUGAGACAUGGAGCAGCAGGUUUUCAGAGCCCAUCCCUCAGACCACUCUAACAGCUCUGUGGUCUCUCUCUGUGGCCAUCUUCUCUGUGGGAGGGAUGUUUGGCUCCUUUUCUGUCGGUCUCUUUGUUAACCGCUUUGGCAGGAGGAACUCCAUGCUCAUGGCCAAUGUGCUUGCAUUCAUUUCUGCAAUAUUUAUGGGAUUCUCCAAAUUGGCUGCUUCCUUUGAGAUGCUCAUUAUUGGACGUUUAAUUGUGGGUCUCUAUUCUGGCCUGUCCACUGGUUUUGUGCCCAUGUACAUUGAGGAAAUCUCACCCACAUCUCUCCGGGGAGCAUUAGGAACGCUGCAUCAGCUUGGUGUAGUGAUUGGCAUUCUCAUGGCACAGAUUUUUGGGCUUGAAUCCAUCAUGGGGAAUGCAUCCCUAUGGCCCCUCCUACUGGGUUUUACUCUGCUACCAUCUGUGCUGCAAUGUGUCCUGUUGCCUCUCUGUCCUGAGAGCCCCCGAUACCUCCUCAUCAACCUCAACGAGGAGAACAAAGCCCGCGGCGUCCUAAUUAAACUACGGGGUACUGAUGAGGUGAGUGAGGAAAUGGAGGAGAUGAAGGAGGAGAGCCAGCAGAUGAUGAAGGAAAAGAAGGUGACCAUCCCUGAACUUUUCCGCUCCCCCGUGUACCGCCAGCCCAUCUUUGUUGCCAUCAUGCUGCAGCUGUCACAGCAACUGUCUGGUAUCAAUGCUGUGUUUUACUACUCAACUAUGAUCUUUGAGCGAGCAGGCGUGUCCCAGCCUGUCUAUGCAACUAUCGGCACAGGAGUGGUCAACACUGCAUUCACAGUUGUUUCUUUGUUUGUGGUGGAGCGUAUGGGUAGGAGACCCCUUCACCUCAUUGGUCUGAUGGGAAUGGCCGUUUCAGCAGUUUUUCUAACCGUGGCCAUGGCAUUGUUGGACCAGCUAAAGUGGAUGUCUUACAUUAGCAUUGUGGCCAUCUUCAGUUUUGUAGCCUUUUUUGAAAUUGGCCCUGGCCCCAUCCCAUGGUUUAUUGUGGCUGAACUCUUCAGCCAAGGGCCCCGUCCUGCUGCCAUUGCAGUUGCUGGUUUCUCCAAUUGGUCUGCCAACUUCUUAGUGGGGAUGUGCUUCCAGUACAUUGAGCAACUCUGUGGCCCCUACGUCUUCAUCAUCUUCACCAUCUUGCUGCUCGGCUUCUUCGUCUUCACCUACUUCAAGGUUCCAGAAACUAAGGGCUGCACUUUUGAUGAGAUUGCAGCGGGCUUCCGCCAGACAGCAGGUCAGGGAUCUGACAAGUACUCAGCCCCGGAAGAAUUCAACACCCUGAGGGGGGAUGACCCUGAUCUUUGAAAGUUUGUUCAUGUAGGGAACACUGUUGUCCAUGUUUUAGAUAUUUCAUCCAUUAAUGUUAGAGCCAGUAAUCCACAGUGUAAGGGCUUUCACACAGAGUUACCAUGGGCUUGAUCUGUAGCAUAGCAAACUGUUGGUCACUGGUAAAAAAUGACCUCCCAGUAGGCAUUCAAAAUGAACCAAGUGUCAUUUUGCAACAGAAAAAAGCCGGGUUAAGUAUAUGGAAUCACUAUAUAGAAUCCUCUCCUUAUUUAUUACAGGAAAUAGAGUUUUGAACUUUUUUUUUCUUUUUGCCCACACGUCUCUUUCAGUUUUGGAGUUAAUGAUAUAAAACAUUAGAUGGACUGUUUCAUGUUUGAUAGGUGACAGAAAAUCUUGGUUGUGUGCUUUUUUUAUAUACAUUUGAUUUUGUUUAAUAAUUAAGACUUUAGUCAAACGUAAUAUGUUAGAACUACAAAUGUGUUUACAUGUGUGUCAAACAGAGAAAAUGAAACUUAACAAAGUUUAAUAAUUGAUUUUUUCUUUUUGUCUUUCUGAGUUAUUAAACUAAUACCUAUAAAAUGG